CAGCCAGUAUCAGUGCAACCGCGAGAGUGACUCGCCGAUAGUCGCUCCGCUCGCGUCCUAUGUGAUCUCAUUCAGGAACAACAGACAAAUUAUUAUUUGAAAACAAUGUCGGAAGAGUCAGCGCAAUCUGCCCAGGAGGCGGUAGAGCAGGUGACACAGGAGGUGAAGGACGUCAAGUUAGAGAACGGAGCAUCGGCACCCAAUGGAACGCCAGCCAAGGGCGAAGACAAUGCUGUGCCCUUCAAGGAUGCGUUCAAAGCAUUUUCCAAGUUUGGCGAUCCAAAAUCGGACGGAAAGCAUAUAACUCUAUCACAAAGUGACAAAUGGAUGAAGCAAGCAAAGGUAAUAGACGGGAAGAAAAUCACAACCACGGACACCGCCAUACAUUUCAAGAAACUAAAGUCGUUGAAAGUGGGGAUUGAAGAUUAUCAGAAAUUUCUCGAUGACCUAGGCAAGAGUAAGAAAGUUGAAUUAGAAGAAAUAAAGCGAAAACUAACCACUUGUGGUCAGCCGGGAGUCUCAAGUCACGUAGCGAAAUCUCCGGCUGCUGCGGCUACUGUAGACCGCCUCACUGAUACGAGCAAAUACACAGGCUCCCAUAGACAAAGGUUUGACGAGACCGGGAAAGGCAAAGGCAUCGCCGGCAGAAAAGACCUCGUCGACGGUUCCGGUUACGUCUCCGGCUACCAACAUAAGGACACUUACAAUAAAAGUCAUUAGAUUGAAUCCUCUCUCAAACUAUCAUCCAGGAAGAGUCAAGAUAUAGACAAUUGCAAGACAUUUACAUUUUAAAGAUAAAACUGCAGUUGGCGACGUUUGAAUAAUACGUAGGCUGUUCCGUCAGAGAUCCCGAAUAGGCGGACCAUAUGAAGCUUCUAUUAAUAAGUACCUACUUUAACAAGAAUUCAAAAGGACAACUCACAAAUAAUAUACCUCAGUAUAUUACAACAUUGAAAAGCUGCAGAGCAACUUCUUCUCCAAAAAGUUAUUUUUUUAAGGAAGUGAUAAACCGUUUUUCCUAAAAUAACAAAGUUAUUGAUGUAAUUUACGUACCUAGGACAUUAUGAAAUAAUUAUCAAAAACCCCUAUAUCUAUACAGUUUAUAGAUAUGGAGGUUUUCGAUAAUUGUUUAGAUAGAUACGGGAUAAGCUGCCUACGAUGCAUGGGAAUUUAAUUCGGAUUCGUCUAGAAAACCAUGACAUCAAAUUAAAAACCAUUCCAUUUACUUGAAGAAGUCAACACAGUGAAAGUUAAAUAUUAUGGCUCCCUAAUACACAUCGUUUUAACGGUAAAGCUUUAUGGAUAAAAUAUCAAGGGAGUCGUAUAAAAUGUCACGAAUCAAGUUUUUCUCAAUAUUACAAAAGUGAGUCCGUGUAUGUUCCAAUACAACAAUUAGCAAUGUCUAUUUCAAUCAUAGAAGAGUGUAUAAGCAACACUACUUACAGAUUCUUUUAUGAUUGGAAUUGACUCCACGUAGGGGUAUUCAUAUAGCUAUGUUAGAAUAAAUAGCUUCCGUACAACGGCUAUGAUUUUUGCUUAUCAUCUUUUUUAGGGUACUGAUAUUAACUGAAUACUUUUAACUUACCUUAUAACUAUGUUAAUUCAGGAAUAUCGUCUGAAAUUCUUGAAGUUUGAGGGUUAUUUGACCAAAUAUGCU